UGUCGAGAAUUGCGUGUGAUUAUAAACAAGGUGAGAGCGGCGAGAUUUAUUUGGGGUUUCCUUCUUCGUUCUGUGCAGUAUUAUUGGACUUCGUGCAUUGGUAAGCAUGUUAAUUUCUCUUUUAUUAGUUAUUACUUUUGGUUGUAGCACUAAUUUACUGGGUUGCUGGGACCCUUUUACGGCAUUUCCUGCCGGUUAUGGCGCCCGUAAUAAGCUUAAAUGAAAUGGAAUUACGUGCACACUGUAGCGUACAGCGAAUGGAUUUAUUUAUCCAACUAUAACUUGGGUUCAAUAGUAAAUAACCUCAGACAUAAGCUUAUAAGGAACUAAUAAGCCAUAGGCAGCUCCUGUUCGAGUAGAAACGCUCCUGAAAACAAAGAAAGAUCUCUACCUCAGAAAAUGACAAACAUCGAUCGAUCAGAUGAAUUAAUUUUGGUAAUGACGAAGAGACAAACCGCGGAGCAAGCAAGCGAGCAGCCCACACGAAAACUAAACUAAACGACGUACAAAUUGUUUGUUGUUUUCAUGUCGUUUUCAGCUGGACGUUUCUCGCUGAAUUGAAAAUCAGUGCGUUUAUUAAUUUAUGGUCACCUCGCUGAACGAUGUUGUGGUCUUCAUUGUCAUGUCGUUUUAAGUUCAGUGGCAGGCAGGCUGAUUUGUCGAAUGUGUACUGCUGUAUUAUAUAUGCUUGUGGGACUAACUGUUGCUCGCGUUGCAAGCGUUGUUUCCCUUCCCCACUCGCUUUAAGGGACUCUUGAAGUUCGAUUUCACUUGAAUAUGCCAUUGGACAGAAUAACUUUCAAUUAACUCUUGUCUUAACUCGACCUAAUUUCACUUCCUCCUUUGGGCCAAUUUUCAGUCCUUGAGAAAAAGAAAUCUCGGUGCAUUUUCUUCCUUUUGUGAAGUUUUUGAUGUGCCUGUCAUCGGCUGUCUGGUGUGGAUGCGUGGUCGAGGCUGGGGGGCAAAUACAACUUAAUUAGUAUGAGGACUUUUUUGGGGGGGGCACUCCCUUAUAUAGCCUGGGGAUGUGCUGCUGAACAUUCUGUGGUUUUUGACCUCUCUGUCUUUAACGUGGUAUAUAUAAUUUCAAAAGUCCGUCAACAGGAUAUUGCCAGCAUGAUUGAUAUGAUUUGCAAAAUGGAUUUUGUCUGUACUCCAAGCAUACAAAAGCGAUGACAAUGACGUGAAUUUGCUUUGUAACAAUUGCCAAUAAAUGGCUUUAAAGCACUACAGUGUUCCUUUUGUCAUUUUGCCCUAAAUGGGGAAAUGAAAUUGAGGGCAUUGUCCUAAACAGGGUAUGCAUUUUGGGAACUUUUUGUCCUAAACAGGGCCAGGGUUUCAAACUGUCAGCGGCUCACCUUGAUAUCCAAGUAUUGGUAGAGUACCCCCAGGGGGGGGGAUUUGCCAGGCAUUUUUACCCUGGAGUUGGAGGAAAUGAGGAAGGUUCUAUUUCCAAAAGCUGUACACAGAGGGGAAAAUGGGACUUGGGAAAGGAAAAAGUCAAGAACAUGAAAACCACUGUGUAGGAGAACUUGGGUUCACUUUCUUCUCAUGAAAUUAAAUGCAGAUUGGAUAACUUAAGGUAUUGUUAUGGAAAUGCCUUUCAAUCAUGUUAUUCCUUAUAUUUGCUACUCUCAAUGCGCUUUGAUUUUAUGCUGCUCAAUAUGAUCCCCAUUUCAAAGAGACAGGGCGGUUGUAACUUUGAUAGCUCUGUGUACCUCUAUGAAUGGAAAAUAAAGAACUUUGACGGUAACCUUGGCAAAUUCCCCUCCCUUACCUGGGGAUCAAGUAAUGCGAAUUAAACUGGGAUCAAUAUAACGGUCAAACAUAACUCUUCUGCUCUCUGUGAUAAAACUAAACUUCGUUUUGACAUGAAAUUAAGCCCGCCCAUUUUAAGACCUGGCUACUAAAAUCCAUUCCGGUUUUUAGAGUUCUGGAUCAUUUUUUUUUUUGCCAGAGUAUCAGUCACAAACGUGACAUAUGUUUAUACAGGUAUAAAAAUUGUGUCUUCAUUGCUUAGAUUAGGUUGACUGCCAACAAAAGAAUUAAUAAUAUUGUUAAAAUUUAGUUUGAAUGAUAUGUUUCAGUUUUUUUUUUACUCUUUCUUAGUUGACAAAUACCAUUACAUUAGAGAGUUUUAGAUCCGAGUUUACCACGAACCUCUAACCGCUGGAGGUCACGUGACAAGUCAUUCGCAUCACGUUUGAGGUUUACAACGUGCGUUUUCAACGUGGGGAGCUGAGUUUUCACGUAUGUCAUUUACCUGAAAGCUUUUAGCGUAUAAUUCUUGUUUCAUCUCACGUAAUGAUACAAAAAUCUUGUGGAGCAAGUCUUUAUACAUUAACAGAGGUACAAAUUCGGGCGAAAUGCUAAAUUUGAUAAAUCCUAUUGGAUCUUGAAAACAAGUGCCAUUCAUGGCUGCUGAUUCAAAAUGGCGGCCGUAAAAUUGCAAGAAGAACUAAUGUAAGAAUUUACAGCUCUUUGCUGCUAGAUAACCCAGUAUUGCCGUAAAUUUCUUUUAUUUUCACUGAUUAAUUUUUCUUCUAUUUCUAAAUGGAAAAAUAAACCAGAAUCCACUUGUUUAAUCCACCGCCAAUCUAAAUCGAAUUAUGUUUGAACGUCGAACCGCAAACGGGUAACCGCAAACCGCGGUUAGAGGUUCGCGGUAAACUCGGACCUAAAACUCUCUAUUGUGUACACUCUAACUUGUGGCUCCCUUGAAAACAUUACCCAAUUUCAGACUAGAAUGAGCAAAAUCCAUACCUGUUUUCAGACCUAAAUGGCUCAAAAACCUUAUACCCUUUGGGGCGGCACAUACAUGGCUCAUAUAAAAGGGAGUCCUGCCCCUGGGGAAGUGAGGUACAGCACUGGUUCAAUAUAGAGUGGCAUGACAUUUAUUAUCUUUAAUGUUUCAUGGGACUGCAUGGUAGUGCAAAGGGUUUUACCUCAUCUUUCAGUUUGAUGGUGUUUUCAUCUUUUAUCAGUCACAGAGGAUCACAGUCUGAUCGCAAACUGUGUUUUGUGGUUGUCACUGGUCAGCUGUGAAACUCUGCUACACAUUGUAACAAGGAUAAGGUUUUUUUUCGCAACCAUGCGUUGAAGGGGCUGUGUUAUAUGCUUUUUGCAACAGAAUGAUAUUUUGCCAUCAUGGAGAUUCUGUUGUUCGUAAGAGUGAUUAACUGAUAAACUUUCUCUUUUAAACCAACUCAUUUUUACAUUGCUCCAGAAGGACUUGUCUAUGAGCUGCAGCCUUGUCUGACAUUGACUUUGAGAAAUGCAUAAUUUCAGAAUUACUUUGGCAUAAGCACCAAUGUCCUGCUGGACGGUUACUGGUUUCUAACUCAAACUGACUGUGGCUGUAUGAAGUACAGUUUUUAUCCUCUGAAGACGAUGGGAAUUAACUUUUAAAAUUGGUUGCCUUAAAUGCCACCACAGUAACUUGCUGCAGGUGUGCAUGCUCUUGUUAAUCUCAUGAUUAUAAUUUAUGGUCAUUCUUGAUAUAAAUACUAUCAUUAUACAUUCAAUCAUUAAUUCUGAUUGGCUUUAAUUUCUCAUCUACUUCUUCAUAACCAGCUGACACUGACCAAAAAUUAAUUUGGAUGAUGUGUGGAUAAUAUUAUUCCAUCAUUAAGGCAUGCAGUCUGAAUGAUGUCAAAUGAUGGAAUAAUCGCAAAGUAUCAAGUAUCUUUAAUUGACGACUCAUGCCAGACCACAGGACAUGGAUAAUUAUACAGUUAAAAUGCACAUAAACAUCCAUUAUUAAGUGUACAUACCUCAUAAAAAGUUGAGUCUGUAACUUGUUUUCUUACAGUUUCCAGCCCUAUAAAUGCCAUUUUAGCAAUUACUUUUGAUGUUUUUAGUUAACUCGGCUGUCUUACUCAGCCCGAAGAAAAAGCUCCAAAAUUACCUUAGUUUAUUCUACUCUGGUGGCAGCACCUAAACUUCACUUGAGAGCUCGGACUUCCCAGUUCCAUAUAAAAAAAGUUCAAAUGAGAAAACUUCACCUAAGAAAGUCCUCAAAGGCACCAUCAGUCAAAAUACAACACUCUAUAUCCAUAAACACCUGAAAAUGAUGCUUGCAUGACUAUAUCUAGAACAUUUUAGAUUUACAGUAAUUGUAUAGUACGUAGAGGCCAUAAAAGCAAAGGAUAAUAAAAUCACUGACAUCAAAGCAAAGAGCAAGAACAUUGUUACACAAAAGCUAAUUAUUUGAAGUACUCAAUUCAUUUUGUUUCUUCUUCUGCAAAGCAACUAAGCUUAAAUAUGGAGGCAUUCAUAAUUAAUACUUAUCUUCAAAAAAUUCUUUUAUGAAUUGAUCAAAAACACUCGGUGUUCAAAUUCUGCUGGUAGCUAAUUAAUACUACUUUGAGAAGGCUUCUUGAAAAGUUACAUGUGGAAGAGUUUAAUUUGUCAGUAAACUGGUCUCGUAAAGUCCAUCGCUAGUUGAACUGAACUGUUCGCUUGCCAUCUUUUACUGUAGUAUACCUCACCAAGUGUCACACCUAAGGCGUGAUUUUCACGCCUGCAGAUCGAAAACUUGGAUCUCACACCUACUCACACCUGUGUUCCAAUUUGUCAUGCCUGGUAGAAAAGUUUGAGCUAUUACAGCAUUAACUGACACAUUAUGAAAAAUUUUAUUGAUUAUUUAAACAAACCAGAACCAAAGAGAGAAAAGAAAAGUCUAUGUGCACGUGGAUGAUUGACUUUCUCCAAAUUCUCUUUUUUUAGUAGGCAAGUCAAUGUUCCUUUGUGUUUGUGUUAGACGGAACUCUUCGUAACACCUUCAGAAGUCUUCAGAACAUCUUCAGACAUCUUCGGAUAUUAUCGGACCCCUACGAAAAAUCUUGGCACUCUUAAGAUAAAAAAUGUCACGCCUACAAAUGUAAAAAGGUUGCAGGUAUACUGUAGGCCUAGACUGAGAUAAACAGUGUGUGCAUUUGGUAUAAAGAUUUCGUGUAUAAGAAAUGACAGAAUUCAUUCUUGUGAUCACUGAAUUUUAUACACCAAUUACAGAUGGCUUAAUUUGCUCACUUCAACAGGCAAGUUGCUGGUUUAGUCUGCUGGCCUAUUUCCAGCACACUCUUAUCUUAUAUAUAGCACAUACACUGUAUGCACUAUGAGAGAGUGAUUUGUGGCAGCAAAAAAGUGAAGCCCAUUUUUUAGCUUGGGUGUUCCCAUGGAAAUGCUUGAACAAAAAAUUGAACUUAGCGCUCCAGGGAACUGCUCAGCUUCUUUGUAAUGUACUACCAAUGACCAUUGCUCUUGGCUUACUGUAGCCACGCUACACAUUCAAAAUCCCCUCAACUGUGUAGGGACCCAUUUUUUCCCACCACUUAGAUUUGUAAAGUAAUGGAAAGCAUUCCCUGGGUACCCCUGCGAAUGUGAUCUGUCUGGGUUGAUUUUUCGUCUGUUCCUCCCCGUCAGGGUAAUUUUGAACAUGCGGCAUAUAUGGCUACUAAGCUAAGAGCAAUGGCCAUUGGUAGUACAUUAUUUUGUACUCUAAGAAGAAGAGUGGUUUCAAGGAAGUGCUUAGUUCAAUUUUUUUUGUUACAAUUGUCGUCCUCUUGAGCUCAUGACUCGAUGUUUGGAACUAAUUUGACAUUUUCAAGGAAGGAAAAUCUUCAGUCUAUUGCUCAAGUGAAGUUUUGGAGUGAUUGGUGUAGAAUGAGGGUAAUUUUUGGAGGUUUUUCUUUGGGCAGCGUAGGACAGAAAUUUUUCCUUGUCUUCUUUUUAGUAGGUGAGAAAUUAAACCAAAACAUCAAAACUUGCUAAAAUCAUGGCUUUUUAUGGGGCCUGAAACUGUUAGAAAACAACACAGCUGACACCACUCUUUACAAGGAUUUUGCACUAAAUUGGCUGUUUCGACCACUGUACAUAAUUUUAUCUGUUUUAUUGAUCUUACAAUAAAUUCCCAAACAAAUCUCUAAAAUUUGGCUUCCAGUACAGGCUGUUGAGAGUCAGGGUGCCCUGUGGCCAGACAGCAGCUUAAUCACUAAGGCAGCUAAUACAUGUAUAGCUAUGUUUUAGCAGAACUCGAGAAUAUGGCAAAAGACCUCACAGCUAUUCAAAGAGAAAAUUGCUAAGUUACUGACUAGAAAUUAUUAUAUAUGGCAUGCAGCAUAUGCAAAAAUGCCGCUUGAUGGAUGUCAACUGCUUUUUGUGCUGGCUAUUUUGAAGAAAUAACUCAAUAUGUCAGUGGGCUGAGCGUGUGUGUUUGCAUCUUUGUGGUUCAUAUGUUGCAGAGUAGUGGAUGACCAAUUAGGCUGAAGGUAUGUACUACUGGGUUAAUAAGUGAUACCAGGAACCAAUCAAAUUUUAGCAUUUAAUAAAUUCACUCCUAAAGGUCAAACAGUAGGGUAAAAGCAGCUAUCACAUUUUCAGCCGGUAUUUUGUUGCUUUUUUCUUCUUCGUGUACAGAAAUACCCAAUUUUGGGACCAACAAUUUCGAGCAAUAAUCCAGUCUAAAUUACGCUAGUAUUUAGAAUAAAAUGCUGUCCCUUUUUGAGGUGAUUAUUCUGUACUAUUGAUGUCAUUUUCCAAAAAUCACAAACGUCUUCCAAAUUUGGUCAAUGCUAGCUGGUUAUGAAGAAUUAGCCACAGGAUCUGAGCAGUUCAGAAAUGGAGAAAUAUUUUGAAUGAACCAUAACAAAAAUGAUGGAGUUUGACUUUCAUAUGAUAUGAAGAAUUAUGUAGAUCGAAGAGGGUAAUAAUUUAUGCUCUCAGUAGAUCACACCCUUCAUGAUCUGCAUUAUUUUUUUAUAUCAUACUCCUGCAACUUCAUUCAAUAAUUUUUCUGCAUAUAGCGAGUUUAUAAUUUUGUUAGAAUUUACAUCAUGCUUGACUCCCACGAGGCAGGAUAGCUGAGCAAAGUGUGAUUUUGCUUUGGUCAUUUAUAUUUCUUUUGUCAGUUCGGUAUCUGCAGUUGCAUUGCCUAACAACAAAGUAGCAAGUAAACAAAACAGCCACAUUACCUGGUACAGACUUCUUUUAGCAGUCACUUUUGAGGUCAAGAUAUGCUUUUAUUUAUAAAUAUUUUGAAGGCAGAAAAACCUUUAAGAGAAAAUACAAAAAGGUGGUAAAGUUGAACCUCCACCUGCGACCACCUCCUAUAAGCAACGACCUUCCUGAAACACCAAAAAUGUUCUCAAUCAAAAGCUAUACUGGAACAGGCUCGUAAAUCACCACCUCCCGUAAGCAACCGCGACCACUUUUUCAGCGGAGAGUUUUAGAAUUUUCUAUUGUUUUCAAACUCCGGUAACCGACCUCUUAAUUGACACAUUAGCUUAUUAGUAAACAGUGAGGUACACUGUUAAAAUGGACAAAAAGGAUUUAUUCUUUGGCGGUCAUUAUUGUCUACAUGCAUGCACAUCUACAGUCAACUCUCUCUUAACGGACACCUGUAUAAGAUGGACACCUCUGUAAAACGGACACUUAGAGUUGGUCCCUGCCUUUCUUUACUCCCUUUAUUUGACUCUCUAUAAGACGGACACCUCUGUAAAACAGACACUUAGAGUUGGUCCCUGCCUCUCUUUACUCCCUUUAUUUGACUUUCUAUGAGACGGACACCUCUCUAAGAUGGACACUUAGUGCCAGUUCCAAAGGUGUCCGUCUUAGAGAGAGUUGACUGUAUUACUGUGUUGAUUAGUUCGAUGUAUAACUACACUUUUAACCAUUACCCUUAAGAAAAAGACUCAGAUUUCCAGGUUUCGGUUUAAGAAGUUAAGUUCUCGUUCCUCAGAUGUUUUGGGGACAUUUCUGUACAAGAUUAUAGUCGGGUACACAAGUAAAAUUUUUUCACCACAAAUUCAUAACGCGCGUUACCUAAUUAAGUGCACUUCCAUUUAAAUGAACUGUAACAUAGAAUAGCUAAUGAUUUUGUCAAUAAAACUACCAGUAAUUGGCAGGGCAAAGUAAACUGUCAUUAUUUUUUUAGAAUAAAUAUACCACUCCAUUAACUAGGUUGACUUAAAAAUUUCAACCUUGCUGUCCAACUCUCAUAAGCGACCACCUCCUGUAAGCGACCACAGAGCCUUCCCAUUUUCUGUGGUUGCUUACGGGAGGUUCGACUAUAGAUAGAAAAUCAAGGUAAGAAAACAUGUUUUGCAUCCUACUUCACAGACAAGUUGUAUCGGCUUUGUUGGGCAUAACUGUUUUUUUCAUGGGUGAUUUAAAUGCACUGAAGCACUGCUUUGCUGUCAAAACUGUGGUUAUUUUCCUGAAAGAUAUCUUUGAAUUCAUGUUCAAUACGGCUUGAUCAGCUUUCAACAGCACUUGCUGGUGGAAGUUCCAUGGGAAUAAGACUUUAAGUGUCUCUGUCUGAGAAAGUGUUCCGGGGCCGAAAGUUUACUGGUCAACCGAUUUAGCUGAAACUUGGCACAAGUUAUGUGUGAAGAGAAAACCCACCUUGACUCACUUCUCUGACUUUUAGUUUUGGGAGUUUCAGAGGGGUGUCAUUUUUUGGCCUUUGAGCACCAAAAAUCCAGCCUUCCAGGAGGCAUUUUGAAAGUGCCAUAAAACCCAAUGGUAAAUUGUGCUGCCAAAUGAAUUUGACCAUGAACUCUACUAUAACAGAGCUUUCAGUUCAUGCAUGUGCUUUUGUCCUCAAGGUAUUGGACAGAGAGGAGCCUGGGGCUAGAGUUUGGCCAAAAUGGUGCCAAAAUAACAACCCCUUAUAUUAUUAUGGUUUAUUGAAUUUUUGAAAAAAAAAACACUCUUCCUCUAAAGCUAUGCAAAAUGGAAUGCUUGGAGUAAUACGUAGAAAUAUGACAUGGAACUGACUAUAAAUCAAAGAAAAAUUUAAGCAUCUGGUAAAAAUAUUGUUAUAACUAGGUCAGAACAUCAUCAUUAGUGUUCUAUGAUGGGUACUAGGUUUUCAAAGAAAAAAAUUGCCCUAAAUCAGGGUGUUUGUUGUGUUAAUCAGAGGCUUUUUAGAGCAAUUAUUAUAAAGUAAGAGUCGUGGUAUUUCUAAGCAACGAAACUGAUUUGGCUUUAACAGGGCCUACUCUGGGACCUUAAGUCGCCGUAACUUAGGCAACUUUAGGAAAAUCUGUUCAAAUUGUUUUGCGACUUUAGGCGAUUUAAUGCGACUUUAGGCAACUUCAGGUGACCUACAAUGAUGCAAUGUCACAUAAAAGAUAAGAGAUUACAUGUGCCUGAGUACAUCAUUCCAAUGCACCUCUGUAAAGGAGAGACCUGGUUUGUAAAAAAAAAAAACUCUGAGCUGAUACUAAAGUGUCUAUCUUCAUAAUUUGACAACAAACAUUAAAAUGGUUAAUAUUAAGUCACUUAUCAAUAUUGCAAAUUGUGGAAAUGACGAUCCCCAUUGCAUGUCGUGGCAAGUGCUCUGCCAAUGUUUGUCCUCAUACAGUCAUACAUGUACGUUCGGCAAAUAAAAGAAAGUGUUUUUCCAAUUGCAUUCGGAUACAAGCUUAAAGUUGGCCUUUGUCGCCACAAUAUAUUGCUCCUUUCCUAUCUCAAUCAAAGAAAAAACUCCAAUAUUGCCAAUACUUGCUUUGCUCGUGAACCGUACUCGCUUUCCAUAAAUUCCACAGUCUCUUUGGAAGGAACCUUUGGAAACUUUCCAGUCGGGUUGAUUUCAUGAAUCUGCAUGAAUACAUUACCAGCAAAAACACAACCAGCCUAGCUUUGUUCCGCGCGGCAGCGUUAACGUUGUCAGCAUAAAAAGAAGCGUUCAUGUUUAAACCGAUGGCAGUACCAAGUGUAAACGUUUCCAUUAUAAUCUAGGAAGUUUCCAGUUAAAGGAGACAUACAAAAGGAAAACGUAACAACAAGCCGCCAUUUUGAAUCUCCCAGAAUUCCUCUACAGUCCGUUGUUUCUCGUCCCCGCCCUCUCCCCGCCUCCAGACCAGCUUGUCAUGUGAUCAAAACACCACACUUUCAGCCGGCCAUGUGCAAUGCUGGGUGCAUCAUUUCGCGUUUCUACGUUCUUACUUACGUUUAAUGGUCGAUCACAUAAAAUCGUUUGGCAGGGAGCAAUCACGACAACAUAAACAAAACCAUUUUACGCGCCUUCGAUGUACAGAAUUGUUUUUACGAGUGUUUGGUUGGAACCUUACACCUGGAGACAAAGCUUGAGUUUAUAUCUGUCUGGAAGGGAAGAACUAAAGAGACGACUAUAUAAGCUAAGUGUUCAAGUAUAUAAGAGUGAUUGUGCAUAUGACUGAUAGAUGGAUAUAAUUCGACGGUAAAUACAUAUCAGAGGUUGUGUGCUGAAGAAAUGAAUUUCGCACUAACCCUCCUCGCGUGGGUUAUCUUAAUCCAGCUAAUUGAACAACCAGUCCCAGGUACUGUUAAAAAGCAAACAGUUGACACAGUUUUAGAUGUUUUAGUAAACACAACUGAUCAUGUUUAAUAGUCGAAAUCGAAAUUGCUUACUGACAAAAAUAUUACCGCGUCUCGGGUUACUUGAUGGUGCAAUAAGAUCACGUGACUACAAUAUUACGCAGACAUCAAUAAAUUAACAUAAAUUAUAUAAAAAUGUUCACAACACUCCCCAGGGUUGCAUCACGACUUCGUGAUAAAACGCUUUGACUCAACAGUAUAAAUCUUGAAUGUCCACUAUUCAAUAAAUGUCAAAAGAGCUUCGUCGUCUACAAAGUUCACUGUUUUGAUCAAUUUUGAAUUCAUCUCAUGUACAGUUCAGUUCAAUGUUCACUCAGAAACUUCAACAGGAUUUAAGUCCUGUAUCACUCUACGUAAUACUUGUGGCUUUCGAUCCCCUUUGCCAGCAACCUUGACCUUUGCUGAUCGAAUCUGACCAUCUCUACCCGGUAACAGUUCUUGAACCUUUGCCAGUUUCCAAAAUGUUCUUUUCGUCAGAUCAGACUUCACGAUCACAAUGUCACCUACUGAGAUUGGGCUCUCCUUGUUUUGCUUCUUACAUCUCUCAUUAGAGCGCUCUCGUAGACUCAAAAGAUACUCGUGCUGCCAUCUCUUGGUGAACUGAUGCAGUAAUCGUUGGUGAUGCUUAGCUCUCUUUGUCAAGGUCUGAUUAACACUAACAACUUCGAAAUGCUGGUUACUUGGUGCACUAGUAAUUCGUCUACCAGUAAUUAGAUGAGAUGGCGUAAGUGGAGUGGAAACUGACUCUUCAUCAUCAUAGACAUAUGUUAACGGUCGUGCAUUUACGAUUGCUUCGAUCUCCACCAUUGUGGUUUGUAGCUCAUCAUAGUUCAACGUAGAGCGUCCCACUGUUUUCUUCAAUGGUUGCUUCACAACUUUAACCAUCCGUUCCCAAAAACCCCCCCACCAAGGAGCUCGCUCAACGAUAAAGUUCCAUGUGAUGCGACUGUCAGUUAAGUAUCGCGUAACUUCGUCUGAUUGUAUGAUCUUCCUUAUAUCUUUGGAUGCGGAUCUGAAGGUUUUGGCAUUGUCACACAGAAGGGUGACUGGUAAUCCCCGGCGACUAACGAACCUACGAAAGGCCAACAGAAAUGAAUCAACGCUCAGAGAAGGCGUCAGUUCCAAAUGAAUCGCUCUCGUGGACGCGCAAGUGAAUAAACAAAUGUACACCUUGUCGGAGCCCGUUUCUUUUGAAGACCUUCCAUCACGUAUGUACAAAGGACCUAUGAAGUCUAAUCCUGUGUGGGAAAACGGCGGGUCUAGAGACACUCGUUCCAGUGGUAAAUCUGGAGUCGGUGGUGGUCUGUAUGGAGCUCCUUCUACUCUUCUACAGAUGGUACAUUUUCUUACAAUUUUCUUCACAACUUCUCGACCUCUUGGUACCCAGAAUCGUCCUCGAAUAGUGGUUAAGGUGUCCUUGAUACCACUGUGUUUAAUCUUGGAGUGCACAUCCUGGAUGAUGAGACUAGUUAGUGGGUGUUUAGACGGAAGUAAGAUUGGAUUCUUGCAUUCUUCAGAGAGCGGUGCAUUGUUUACUCUCCCCUUGCAUCUGAUGAUUUGUUGGUUGUCAAGGAACAAGUUGAAUUGCGUGACAUAGACGGGUGGAAAUGUUCCCCUUUUGCUUUGAAGAAAUUCGAGUUCUUUGGCAAAUGAGGCUUUCUGUACAGUCUUGAUCCACAGCAUUUCAGCUUGAUUUAACUCUUGAGCAUUAAGUUCCCUUUUGACGAAUGUUCUGGUAGCUUGUGAGUUUCACGGUUUGAUACACUGUUCUUCGCAUUACCUAUGAACCGUAAUAGGUAGGCUGUCACGCGGAAUAAUCGUGUUACACUGCAGUAUCGUUCAAUGUCAAUGACUUGACUGAGAUUGAUUGAAUGGUCUUCUGACUCUGUCGUGACCAGAGAGUGCGUGACACUCACAGGGCUUUUUAGAACUUCUUGAAGUGCUUCUUCGUCAUCAGACAAAGCACUUGUUUGGGGCGACUCAGGCCAAUGUUCUCUCACUAACUUCAGAAACUUGGGCCCAUUCCACCAUGUCUGGUUUUGUGCUAAUUGCUCUCCUCCACAUCCUCGUGAUGGUAGAUCAGCGGGGUUCAACUCCCCGGGACAGAAAUUCCAGUUGGCUUCGUUAGUUAGUUCUCGUAUCCUGCUGACCCGGUGUUGUAUGUAAGGUUUCCAUGCUUUGGCAUUUUUUAUCCAACACAGCGUGGUGAAUGAAUCGGUCCACAAAAAUGUUCCUUCAAUUGGAAGAACGGAUUGUAACGUUUGCUGCGUUAAGUGAACUAGUUGGGCUAGCAAUGCAGCUCCUAGCAGUUCCAACCUGGGAAUUGACUGACGUUUACUCGGCGCUACUCUCGUCUUGGAUGUCAUGAUGUUGACUUGGAUUUCGCCAUUGGUGAAUGCGGUUCUCAGGUACACAACAGCUGCAUAGGCUCUUUUCGACGCAUCUGAAAAUCCAUGGAUCUGAUAGGAGCAUACUGCUGACUGCGCUGGUGAGUAAUUGGCAUAACAUCGGGGAACUCGAAUGUUCUUCAGAGCGUUUAGGUCAUUAAUGAACGUUUUCCACUUCGCUAAAGCUUCUCCUUCCAAGUUUUCAUCCCAAUUGACCCUCUCAACACAUAAAUCUUGAAAAAGGACUUUCAUGCUUAUUGUAAAUGGAGUUAACAGUCCAAUCGGAUCAAAGAUUUUGGCUGACAGUUUCAAAACACAUCGUUUGGUAGCUGGAAGGGCUUCUGCGUACUCAAUCAACUCAGAGAGGUCAUAGCGAAAUUCAUCUCGAAUGACAUCCCAGUAAAUCCCGAGAAUCUUCACCAAUUGCUCUGUUUCCAGUUUAUCAUCUUUGGCACUCGAUGACUCUUCUUUCUUGAGAUUUUGUGUACUUUCACUUUCUUUGGGAGAGGAUUCCCAAACUGACGGUCCUCUUCUUUCUUCAUCCUGCUUGAUUUUUUCGCGGAAGGACUGACAGUUAGAAUUCCACUUACGCAGUGAGAAUCCUCCAUCUUUCAUGAUUUCCUGUGCUUUGUCGUACAAGUUCACAGUUUCAUUCUCGCGAAACACUCCUCCUGCCAGAUCAUCAACAUAGAAGCUGGAACUUAACAAGGAUGUUACUUCUGGUUCCUUUUCUUUGUACUUGGACAGAUGGAGUUUUAUGGUACUUGCCAGGAUAGCUGGACUUGGAGUUAAGCCAAACACAAGCCUUCGAAACUGGUAUUGCUUGAUUUGCGGACGAUCUUUCUCAAUGUCAUCGAACCAUAGAAACCUCAGCAUACUUCUGUCUUCUGGGUUGAUCUGUAUCUGAUGGAAGGCCUUUUCGAUGUCAGCUACUACAGCAAUUGGAUACCCUCGAAACUUAACCACAAUAUCAAAUAGGUGUGGCACUAAGUUCGGUCCUUUCUCUAAACACUCGUUAAUUGAAGCAGUUGACUUGUCAGAUUUGGCUGAACCAUCAAAUACAACUCUCAAUUUUGUAGUUUCCCGGUUCGACCGAAUUACGCCAUGAUGAGGUAAGAAAUGCAUUGGAGCUUGGUCGUAGUUGUGUUCUGGUACGGCUUCGAUUAUCCCGGAUUUGACUUGAUCCUUGAUCACAUUGUCAUAAUCUCUCAAUAGUUCCUUGUUUUUUUUCAGUCGCGAGUGAAGCUGUCUCAAUCUUGUAACACACAAUUCGUACUCGUUUGAAGCAGGAACAAGGCCUUCCUUCCAAGGCAGACCAACUUCGUAUCUUCCUUCAUUCUCAUUGAAAUGAAUACUCUCCAGGAACUCUCCACCAUCUGACUGUGACACGGGUGGCUUCUCUCGUACUCCUAUUGACUCAAUGUCCCAGAAUUUCUGCAAGGCAUUACAUAACUCAUCGUUCUCACUAUGACUGAUGUCAAAUGGGCUCAAGGUCAUCAAUUCCGGCCUCUCUAUGAUGAGAUUUGUAGUUGCAAACUUCUCUCUUGAUUCUUCAGCACUUGUGGGACCAGACAAGACCCAUCCGAAAAUGCUGCUAACUGCUACGGGACCACUGCAGCCACGAAUGACAUCCCCAGACACAAUAUCGAAAUAAUAAUUAGAUCCAAUUAGCACAUCUAUGUCCUGUUGACCUGUUUCAGCAAUGCUCAUGUCAGCAAGCUCGAGACCUUGCAGAUGUACGUGAUUGUCGAUGUUAACUUUAGCUGACACCGCCGAGCAAAUCUUCGGGAAACAUAGUGCAGAUAUCUUGAUUUCUCCUUGAGAUCCUUGCAACCGCAAGUUCACAACAUCACAUUGUUGCUUCGUAUAUCUUUCGUCUCCAAAGGUGUUAAGAUGCAAUGUUUCUGACUUGACAGGGGACAGAUUAAGCCUCGAUUUUAAUCUGGUUGUGAUGUAGGUGCGUUGACUUCCGGUAUCCAAAAGUAUUCUAACUGGUGCGGCUUUAGAACUGACAACAUUGACAGCCAUGGCUUUCGCUGUUUGUAAGAGCACAGUUCCCUUUGCCUUGUUACUCACUGUUGUUGUUGUCGUUGUCUCUUCGGCUGAAACUUCUUUUGGUUUCGGUUUCCCUUGGUCAAGCAUUGAACAAAUCGACUGAUGAUGCCGCUGCUGGCAGUGUCGGCAUUUUUUUGGAUUCGUGCAGUCUUUCGCACAGUGAUCAAAAACGCAAACAAUUGAAGCAUCGUUUAUCCCUUUCCAAAAUACUUCUUCGUUGAGCGGUAUCUUUUACCACACCACAUGAUGCAGAGUAAUGCUCGUUUUGACAAUAGGCACAUUUGAUUUUGAAGUUCCCACCUUGCUGAGAGACGAGUGAAUUCGCGGUUGGCGUUUGAUUUCGAAACUUUGAAUCACGGCCGGGUGGUUGAACUUUCCCGCCUUCGCUUGUUUUCGCCAUGGUCAUCUCGCUUACUUCCCGCGCUUCGACUUCAACCUUUAUCACGUUUAGCAACUCCUCCAUUUUCCAUACAGAAUCCUUAGAGUUCCUGGCUAUCUGCAAUCGAAUCUCAGAAGGCAACUUUGACAUAAUAACAGGAAUUAGGAGACUUCCAUAUUGAUCUGAAGUUACGCCGAGCGAUGCCAAACCGCGGGAAUGAACACAAAUUUGAUCGUAGACGUAUCGAAGACUGGCUGGGCGAUCAUUGGAACACGGCGAAACCUUGAGAAGCUGAUCCAUAUGUGCGCUGAUAAUUUGUUGGGGACGCCCGAAACGUUCUUGUAAUAAAUUGACUGCUGCGUUGUAGUUCGCUUCGGUUAAGGUAAGACCCUGAAUAGCUCGAGCGGCGGCCCCUUCAAGGACAGAAUUGAGGUAGUUGAACUUGUCGAUAUUGGAAAUCCCUUCGUUACGAUGAACCGCCGAUUGAAAUGAAUCCCAGAAGGUAUUCCACUUGGUCACAUCUCCUCUAAUCUUCGGCAGGUACAACUUCGGUAAUCUUGUACGGACUGCAUUUUGAUUCACUGGCUGUGAUGUCGUUUGAGGAGAUCCCACGUGUUGCUGGGUUGGCAUGUUCACCUUGCUCGCAUUCUCGAUUUUGCAUUUUAGACGUAUAAUUGAGGCAGUAAAUUCUUCUGACUCUUCGAUUUCUUUAUCGAUCGUUGUAACUUCGCAUAAAGAUAAUAUCUCUUGGUCCAUUUCGCUAAGAGACUCUUGUUUUCCAUCCAAGAGUUGUCUCAUAACAUUGAGCCGUUCGUAAUCCUUGUCUUCGCUUUGCAACAUUUCGGUGAAUUCUUGAUCCAGUUUCGAUACAUAUCGUCGGUGUCCUUCACGUAUAACUCGCAGUCGUUCCAAAUUCGAUGUAUUCGCUUGCAUACUCGAUGUACUUGAUAUCUCGUGUGUUUUUGACUUCGGUUUACCCUUUUUGGGAGGCAUUGCGAUCGAAAAUCUGCCCCUCGUUGGGCGCCAUUUAGUAAACACAACUGAUCAUGUUUAAUAGUCGAAAUCGAAAUUGCUUACUGACAAAAAUAUUCCCGCGUCUCGGGUUACUUGAUGGUGCAAUAAGAUCACGUGACUACAAUAUUACGCAGACAUCAAUAAAUUAACAUAAAUUAUAUAAAAAUGUUCACAACAGAUGUAAUCAUUAAUUUUAUUUAAUAUUGGGAAUUUCACAUGUAGACAAUUCCUGAAAUUUACUAUGAAAUGCCGGAAACCGUUACUGACAAGUCUUCUUAACUUGUGUUAAUGUAUCGGUCAAAUCGAAGCUUCAACAUGCCCCCCCCCCCCGGGCAUACCCCGGGCAUUUGACACCUUGCCGUCCCGGGGAGGAGGCAAUUUGAUCAUCAGAGUCUUCCAGAGGGUGGGGAAUUUGAUUCCCAUGCUUUAGGGGUGGGGAAUUUGAACUGCACCCUCGAUUUCAUGUAAAAUCUUUGGCGUGGCGAGCUAUCAUGGAGAACGCGGUGUUAGAGGAUUUUCGUGGAAAAGAUUGUGCCUUUGUGGCCAAUUGGUUACGAGGAAAGGGCUUAAACAAGCUUUGUGCCGUAUUUGAAGUAUUUAAAUUUUAAAAUUUUUAAUAUUGGAUUCAGGAUUUGAAUGUAUGAAUGUAUUUUAUUGUUGUGUUUACAAUAAAGUACAAUACCUAUACCGGCGAUUCAGUACAACAACAUAAAAUAAAAUAAAAUAAAACGGUCAACUACUUUGACCUACUGCAAGUAUGUUAAUUAAUAAGGUGAGCGAUGAUGCAUGUCAGUGAAAUGCCGUCAUGAUGUACUGAGUAAUCUCAAUAGGUGGGAUCUUUUUUUAUAGAACGCUUUGCAUGUUGCAUGACGAAGAAAAGCUGAGCAUUCGGUGACCUUGUAGCAGCGAUUUCCGCCGCUUUGCACGAGACGUUUGUUUGUAGUAAAUUCACUAGCAGUGUUGCUCAGUUUGUGUUAUAUUUUAUAAAGAUUUUGUUCGACAACUGAAGGCGUUUCCGCCGUCCUUCUGUCAUUUUUGCGCCUGUGAAAUGUCCCCGGGGUGGGGGCAUUUGAUCACCUGAAUGGACCCUAGUGUGGGGCAUUUGAACAGCAUUUUGGCCCGGGUAGGGGGGAAUUUGAACAAUAAUUUUCAAAAAAGUCAAAUGCCCAAGGGGUUGCCGGGGGGCAUGUUGAAGCUUCGAUUUGACCGAUACAUAAUGUUAAAGAACGACCCAAGACCACAUUUUUGUGGUGAAUGCCGGGGCACAAUGAUUGUGUUUAAACACUGGUACACUGACACUUCACUUCUCAAUUUCACACAUUUCAAGGGAAUCAUCAAAGCCUUCAAUGGAGUGUGUGUGCGGCUCACGUCAAUAACUUUUCCAAGAAUUUGGUCGAGUGUAUUGAUUUCAGUGGCUUGAGUGGCGCUACUGUGGGCUGGUCACGUUUUUUCUAAUAAAUAACAUAGAGCUAAAAUGUCCAUUUGUCCAGUGCCGAAAUUAUCACAAGUCAUGAUGAAAUGGUGCCGCCGAGCUUCACAUCUGGGUAGAUUUACUUUGUGGGAUAACGGCCGCCACCGAGCUUCACAUCUCUGAAGAUUUACUUUGUGGAAUAACGGCCGCCUAGCUAGACAACUCAGUAGAUUUACUUUGUGGCACAACAAACGUUGAGCUAAACAACUCGGUUUGAUGCAUGCACCAGGAGUAGCAUGCAUUUUCCAAAGAAAAAUGUGAAGGCUUAAUCCAAAGUAAAAUUUCACUCAGGGUGUAAACUUUCUGUACACUUUUGAAAGAUGAACGCUUUGGAAGAUUCAUUAAACACAGAUUGAUAGUAGACCUUCAGCAAACUCUUAAAUAUGUACGCUUUACAAAGAUUCACCACACUUUUAAAAGAUGAACGAUUUAUGAAGACAGAAUAGCAGACCUCAGCAAACGUUUGAAAGAUGAAUGCCAAGGACAAACGAAUCAUCACGCGAGUUGGCACAUGAAAGUGAGGGGAAACGUAAGCAAGCGCCUCAAAGCGAGGCAAAUGUGUGUCGACGACGAUGACAAAUGCAAUCUCGAGAAAACCUCCCUUAUUAAUUGCACUGGACACCCAAUAAUUCACAGAGCACCCAACACAAUUAGGGGUUGUGUUCUCGUACCUCAAACGCAAUGAUUAGUUUAAACAUUAGGGUGUAUUGUUAGCUGACGUGGCGCAAUAGAUAUCGCCUUGCUCUUACACGCCAAAGGUCUGGGGUUCGACUCCCGCCGGAGGAAACUCUUUCUUUUUUCUUUGUCGUUUUGUUUUGUUACACUUUUUUAAAAACAAAUUUUCAUUUAAUAACAAUUAAUUAUUAAUCCAGACUAUUGACAGAAAGAGAACCAUUGAUUCAAGUACAUAUGUGUAGUAAGUUUUGAGCUGUAUUGCUGUAUGUCUUGCCUGUUCUAGAAAAAAAGAGAAGUUGACCCAAAUAUGAGCUUAUUUGUAAAAAGUGUAAGCCGGUUUAAAAAAUGUGAAAAUGGAAUCUUAACUUUCACAACAAACACAGAAUUCAGGGAAGAUUGAGACUUAUUUUACAAAAAGAUCAUCUAAGUGCCUAAAAGGAUUCUUUUGCAUUAAGUGAAAAUUAAAAUUAUGGUGUCUAACAAUUUUAUGGAAAUCCAGAUGGGUGGGGGGUCUUUGAACUUGGAAAUCCUGAGGGGAGGGGGCAUUCAAGCAGUUUUGGAAAUUCAGGUGGAAGAGGGGCUCAAAAAACCGUUCUUGGCGUCGUAGGGGUGUUGAUUUUUUCUGGAAUAACCCAUUGUUGAUUUCUUUUGUCUGUUUAUUUGUUUUUUUUUCUUUUCCCAACUGGCUUCUUUUCCUCUUGUCCUUCUUCUGUGGCCAUAAGCUAGCCUCUGCUGUGCGAGGUUCGACAAUUCACUUAUAUUUUCUAUUUAAUUUUAUUUGGUUGUGUGUGUAUGUUUUUCUGAACUUGGGGUUGGGUUGGAAGAUAAUGCAGUACUUGGUAAAUAAAUGAGGUACUGAAUAUAAUUAUGCACUAUUAACUAAUUUAGUUUCUGUGAAUCUCUUUGGGACAUCAAGGUGCAUAUAUGAACUCCCACUGUUUCCUAAUGAUGGUAAAUGUUUUAUUACAAUAUGUUUUUCCUCUGCUUGUCACAGUUAAGUGAUUUAUAUACCUUGAGUGACAAAUUGUUUUCCAUAUUUCUCCAGGUAGUGUACAGGGAACUGCCUCACUCUGGUCAUGUCUAAGAAAGGCAACACACCACCUUCAGACCUUAAACUCUUCCUUCAAGAUUUUCUUCAACAGUCCAAAUGCACUGGGGAGAGUUCACAAGGAGCUCACCAUGUUCAGAAUUUUGGAAGCUCUCCGGAUGUAGCUG